AUGCCAGCAAGAACUUCAAACAGUCCUUCACAAACAACAUCCAGCAUGGCCACCGGCUCAAGGUACACAUUCAUGGUGGCACUUACUUCAUCAUCGGAGAGGCCGAAAACUCAUUUUCUAAUUAGCUUUCAGUGAUAGCAAGAAAGCCAGAGACGACAGCAACUCCAGCAUGCUCGGCAAAUAUGUAUACCAAAGCGAAGGGGUGACAGAACGAUUGAUACAGGGCAAAAGUAUCGGCAUGGAAGAGCAUCUUGGCAGAGCGGCGAGAGUUAUUGAGGAAUUUGAGAAUGUGUAUGAAGGGAGGAAUCGUUAA